AUGGACGAGGGCAGUUGUUCCGCAGAGGUUACGGGAACCGUCGCCAAACCCCAAAGGCAACAACAGCAAGACAAUGAGCCAACGACUUUUCAGGCUGGAAGACGGUUUUCCCUGGCACAAGGGCGAAUUUUAAACAAAUGGCUAGCCGCCCACACUCACCACCCCUAUCCCACGGUCAUGGAUGUCGAACUGCUCGAGAGAGAGUCUGGGUUGAGUAAGCAACAGAUCUUGACCUGGUUCUCCAAUGCCCGCCGUAGGAAGAAGCUUGGGCGGGCAGCUACAUCCAAUCUCUCUUCAGACUCUUCGGGCACUGGUCCUCGAAAUAUACCUCCUCCUCGUCCAUCUACCCCUUUUGUUGAGCAACAAACCCCUCUUGAGAGAUGGGAGAACUCGCCACCUGAAGAGGAGCCUUCAGCCUUUGCCGAUAUCGCACGCGCAAUAUCUGAUGCAUCGAUAGCUUCUCCGUUCAGGUCUAGACAUGCGUCAUCCUCAAUCGCUGGCUCUGUGAAUAGUGGAGAGACUUCGGGAUCUAGCCAAAGUUCCCAUGCAUCUAUCAACUCUCAAACAUCAGAUGCAUAUUUUCGGCGUUCUGGUUCGAUCAGACGAUUGGUCAAGAAACGAAGGCGAACUGCAAAGGGCAAUAGCGGGAGAAAUCUCUUCCAAGUCUGUCAUCGUUUCCAAUGUACGUUUUGCACCGAAACGUUCAAAACGAAACAUACUUGGCAACGACACGAGAAGUCGUUGCACCUAUCUCUCGAACAAUGGGAGUGCUCACCAUCUGGUCCAUCCACUCUAAACCAACAAUCAGAACCCGUAUGUGUAUUCUGCGGUCUUCUCAACCCAGAUAGUGUUCAUUCCGAGACCCACAACUACGAUUUCUGCCGUGAGAGAGAUAGAGAAGAGCGGGUUUUCUAUCGAAAGGAUCACCUAAGGCAACAUCUCCGGCUCGUUCACGACUCCCAGUUCUCGAAAUGGCCCAUGGAAGGGUGGAAGCUAGAGUGCGAUGAUGUACAGUCACGAUGCGGAUUCUGCGACAUUAGCAUGACGACGUGGACUGAACGACUGGACCACUUAGCGGAACACUUUCGAGAAGGAAAGACCAUGGCUGAUUGGCGUGGGAAUUGGGGAUUUGACUCAGCAACUCUCGAGAUGGUGGAGAACUCGAUGCCUCCAUGUCUGGAUUAUUUCUUCUCAAACUACGUCGACAUCAACCAAUGCGUCCCUCCCGAAAGAAUUCUUCACUUGGAACUCUGCUCUAUCAUCUUCGGCGCCGAAAUGCUGCAUCGGCAUUCCCAACCCAAUGCCUCGUCUUGGCUACGUGAUCUUUUGAUGGGGACCGAAGACAUCGCCAAGGAGGCACAAAUGAGGCCAAUGAAAAGUGCUGCUAGGUCUCGAUUUACUGACCUGAGGAUUCAUGGCAAAAGCAACAUUUUCGAGGACUGCACACUUGAGGCUUCCCUACGGCAAUACGUCGAUAUGUUACAGAUGUUGAACCUGGAGAUAAGUGAUGAUGAGCUUCAGCGAGAGGCGUGUUCCAUCAUCAACCACAACCCCAAUGCUUCACCCAUGUUCGCCAACUUAUUGAUCACGCUGGUCUCUCGCUCAACGACUUGGUUGACUCCAUUCCGCAUUCGGACAGGGCUGUCUACUGCUGAAGCUAGUCUAUGUCCUACCAACACUAGCACUGGUCUCGGCAUCAAUUCUGGGCACCUGCUAGAUCUUACAGAUAUUCGAACCUUGGGCAUGGCAAAAGACGCCCAGGCAAACGACGCCACUACAAAUCCAAUGACGACUACCCAAAUUCUGGAUAGGGCUAAUGUCAGAGUGCAAGAGCAAAGGGCGAUGUCGCUCAACGAUGGAAAUAUGUACAGAGGUUUGACAAGGGAUCUGUCACGUUUUGUCGCAAGCCUCAUGUCUCCAUUGAAUCCAAAUCAGCAUGUUCCGACGGAUGAAGAACUUCAGUUCCAAGCGCGCUGGAUUAUGUACGAUAGCGACGAUAUGUGGAAUCAAACUCCAGCUGACAAUCCAAAUUGGCUCUCGGAGUUUAAGAAAGAGUGUGGCUUCUUUGAAUAG